AGAGUGACGUCCCUUAGACCCACCACGGGGGAGGAGACUCUAUAAUGCUGCAAGGAAAAAAUAUGACUCGAGCACUUACUUUUUCAUUGCUUUUAAGUUGCUUACUUUUCUUUUGCUCUUGUGAUAAAAAAUCGGCAUACGAUAAUGUCCAAAUUCCAGAUAUAGUCACUGAAGAACGUCCAUUCCGCAUGCUUAAAGUGAAUUUGUUAUGGGAGAAGGCGAAAAAGCAUCUUUCAGGGUCAAAACUGGCUGACUUGUAUGUGGACCUGAAGGUACAGGACAAGCAUGAGGCAGCUUUUAAGAAACUUCGAGCUGAUGGCAUGGACAAAGAUGGGCUUAAAGAAGCUCAGGUCAAUGCUGAAUUCCGAGAUAUUAUUGAGAAGCAUGGUCUUGAAGACUUCUUUAAAGAGAAUGAACUUGCCAAUGAGAUCACGCCUCAGCAGGAAAAGAAAAUGACCCACUUUUCAGAUAAGAAACUUCAAGCAAUGUGGCAGAGAGCAGAAAAAGCAGGAUUUACAGAACAAGAUCUUGAAAAACUUCGUGAAGAGUUUUGGCACCAGCAGAUGAAAAUUGAUGAACUCAACUUCCUGAAGAAUGAGCUAGGCAUUGAAGAUGUUACAGACAAUGAAAUCUCUGGCAGUAAAAAAUCUGGCAUGACACUUGAGAAGAGAAAAGAUCUAAACCUUGACUUGAAGACGAAGAAUAAGGACAUCAAGAGUGGAUACUUUAGACUAGAAGGAAUGUUUUCAGAGCAGUUUGACAAAGAGGAACCAGAUUUUAAGGACAAUCGAGUCUAUCAACUGUGGGCUAUGGCACAGAAAACCAACUGGUCAGAAGAGGAACGGAAUUCUUUUAAGGAAGAACUGAGACACUUUGAGAAUAGGCUAUACAAGCAAGAAUUUUUUGAAGACCAGCUACGCAAAUCUGCUGAUGCAUUGAAGAAUGACUUGGAGGAUGGAUCAUAUCCAGAGAAACAUCUGCAGCUUGAGCAGAAAACACGUGACCUGGGGAUAAAGGUGAAGAAGCUGCACAGUGAUCUAAAGACAAGAGUGGACAAGGCAUUUGCCAAGCACUUAGAGCUUUAGCAUUAGUAUUAUUAUUUAUAUUAUAAUAAAAAUUAUGAUAAUGUAGCAGAAAGAUUGUAUGUUCAAAAAUAAAUAUGAUAAACAUUUCAGCAGUGUUGUGGUCUUCUACUGAGAGGACAGCUUUAGGACAUUAGUGUUUGCUAUCCAAUCAUGUCUUGUAUUUAAACACUUCCUGUUUGCCAAAGUUUACAAAAGUUUGAUCUGCAUGAAGUACAAUCGCUGUUAGUACAACCAUGAAUGUGGUGUUUUUCUGUCUUUUCAAUCAUAUCCAUGUUUAAGAAGCAGAUAGCGUCCAUGUAAACUCAAAGGCUGCUAGUGUUUUGUACUGCACAUGAUGUAGAGAUUCUUGUCUUAUGUUUUAAGAAAAUACAAAAAUUUAUAUGUAGGAUGCAGGUAGAGUUUUCACUAGCUUUGGUUGUACUCAUAAGCAAUUAAUUUGUCCAUCCAACAGUUUAUGCAAAUAUAAUGAAAUGGGAAUUUGUUUUGAUGUACCACAAUUGUAUCUUAUAUAAAAAGAAAAAAAAAUUCUUCACUGAUCUAUAAGGAUAGAAAGGAAGAAGCCAAGGAACAAAAGAAAGAUUGAUUACUAAAUUAGAACUGUGUUAAUGAACAUAUGCCUUUUAUGUAUAGUUAGAUCGGAGAGUGGGCCUAUUUUGUAUAUCUUUGUAUAUGAGACUUUAUAGUGUAAAUGUGUUGAGGAUCUUACACACUCGUUCUCUGACACACACACACACUUAAUUUUUUUUUUCUGAUUUGCUCUUGUUGAUAGUGGCAUCACUAGGUGAAGUACGGAUUCCAGCUGAUCACCAUAUAGUUCAUUCUUAACAAAGUAAUUUUUUUAAGUCUCCUGCCUCCAAAGGUUGUCCCUCUUAAAACUUUGAUAAAAUGAUCAUUUACCAUUUUUUUCCUUAUCAACAUUCAUUGUAAUCUCUAUAUUUUUGCAGUUUUGAACCUUAAAAAAUUUAUAGCAUAGCCAAACACAAAAUAGACUAUGCAUGGUGAUGCUCUGAUUGCCUAAAUACUGUUUAUGUAUGUACAUGUCUCCACUUAUUUAAUAAAGUGAUAAAAUAACCUUUUCAAAAUUUUAGUAAUAUUACUGACAGAUUUAGUGCUAUAGUCUAAAAAAACUGUGUUUAUUAUUACAAGUUGAUACACAUGAAAGAUCUGUUCUUGUGGACCACCCUACCCUAUGGCCAUUUUUAAAACGUUAAAAAAAGUAUCUUUUUAGUAAGAUUUUGUUUUAUAUAUAUGCAGAGUGCUUCAGGUGUGAAAGAAUCAUAUUUUUAUGAUUGUACAUAUUAUUUGAAAAGUUAUGAUUUUUUUCAGUUAAAAGUAUUGAAAAUAUUUAGACCCAUGUUGCAAUAUAAUGCCUGUUAAAAAUUCAUGCUAUUAUGUGUGUCUUUAAUUGGUCAUUUUACAAUAAAAAUGUUUCUUAUCUUU